AUGGCGCACCUGCCUCUCCCGCCCACAGCGACGCCCGCGCCCAGUAAUGCCAAAAAGAUCCCCAAGAGACAAGCCAAUGACGUCACACAUCUUGUAUACGCAUAUAUGUUUGAGAACCCGAGGGUUAUAACAAAGUAUUCAGAGGACCAAAGGGGUAAGAGAACACAGCCUAAGAACCAAAGGGGUAAGAGAACACAGCCUAAGAACCAAAGGGUUAAGAGAACACAGCCUUAUAACCAAAGGGGUAAAAGAACACAGCCUAAGAACCAAAGGGGCAAGAGAACACAGCCUAAGAACCAAAGGGGUAAAAGAACACAGCCUAAGAACCAAAGGGGUAAGAGAACAGUGAGAACUAAAGGGGUAAGAGAACACAGCCUAAGAACCAAAGGGGUAAGAGAAGACAAUCUGGGAACCAAAGGUGCAAGAGAAGACAAUCUGGGAACCAAAGGGUCUACAAGUGACCUACACAAGUCUACAAGUGACCUACACAAGUCUACAAGUGACCUACAAAAGUCUACAAGUAACCUUCACAAGUCUACAAGUGACCAACACAAGUCUACAAGUAACCUUCACAAGACUAAGCCUCUAAAUGAGUUUCAUACGUGUAUAUGUAACCUUCAAAACCUUCAAGAUUUUGUGUCUCAAGAAGAGAUUAGUGCAAAGGUGGGCCAUAAAUGUUCACCAGGAAGUUAG